UUUAACUUCAGUACUCCCCUGGGAGUAGAGUAAACUCAGUUCAGUUACGCUGUGUGCACUGCUGUCACAGUAGCCUUUUUACGACAUAACACCGCUGUCGUUUUUAGGCGCAUAUGUUGGAUUUUAAUGUCAGAAAACCAAGGAAAAUUAAUUUGUUUUUAUCAAGCUUCAGUAUAGUCCAGUAACGUUACAUAUAAUUAUUGCAUCCGAGUUUAUCGAAUAAAUACGAUUUAGAAAGAAAUGGAGGGGCUCUUCCACGAAGAUUUGGCAGCCUUGUCAGAUUUGGAUGAACAAAGUUUGUUGGAAUCCCUGAGUCAACGGUUCAAACAAGAUCGCAUCUAUACCUACAUUGGGGACAUCUUGGUGGCCAUAAAUCCAUUUAAAUACCUCCCUCUCUAUGUGAAAGAGGUGUCAGAGAGGUAUAAGUACCAUGAGAAGAGCAAGCUACCUCCUCAUAUAUUCGCUGUGGCAGACAGAGCCUACCAGUCCAUGAUGGGAAGGUUAGCCACGGGACCCCGAAACCAAUGCAUUGUUAUCAGUGGGGAGAGUGGAGCAGGGAAGACCGAGAGCACCAAGCUGCUGCUCAGACAGAUCAUGGAGCUGUGCAGAGCCAACUCACAGCUGGAGCAACAGAUACUACAGGUGAAUCCUCUGCUGGAGGCCUUUGGCAAUGCCCAGACUGUGAUGAAUGACAACAGCAGUCGCUUCGGGAAGUACAUUCAGUUGCGCUUCCACAACUCCUCAGUAAAAGGAGCUAAGAUCAACGAGUACCUCCUGGAGAAGUCUCGUGUGGUCCACCAGGAUGAGGGCGAGAGAAACUUCCAUAUCUUCUACUGCAUGCUGGCGGGCAUCUCCCCGGAAGACAAAGAAAUGUAUGGACUCCUGGACCCCACGCAGUACAGGUAUCUGAAUGGGCGGUACGGCUCUGAGGACAUAGUGAGGAAAUGGGGGGAGAAGUACAGUGAAGUGUGUAACGCAAUGGACAUGGUGGGAUUUCAGGAACAGGAGAAGGUAGACAUGAUGACUAUCCUGGCAGGGAUCCUGUCUUUGGGAAACAUCAUGUUUGAGCCCACAGAGACUGACGUGCUCAGGGUCACUGGCAAGUCCAUGGGCUGGCUCAAAGCCACAGCUGGUCAGUUUGGGGUGCAGGAGGAGGAGUUGCUGAGGAGUCUGACCUGUACUCUGUCUGUGACGAGAGGAGAAGCCAUCCGCAGGCUGCACAACCAGCAGCAGGCCGAGGAUGCCAGGGACUCCAUUGCCAAAGUGGCUUAUGGGAGAGUAUUUGGCUGGAUUGUCAGUAAAGUUAACGAACUGCUGGCUCCCAAUGUUGACUUUGACGUUGAGCUGAAUGAAAUAGGUAUCCUUGACAUUUUCGGGUUUGAGAAUUUUGCCGUGAACCGUUUUGAGCAGCUCUGCAUCAACCUGGCCAAUGAACAGCUGCAGUACUUCUUUAACCACCACAUCUUUCUGAUGGAGCAGAAUGAAUACAAGGAAGAGGGCAUCGAGUGGGAGACGAUCUCCUUCAAAGACAACAAGCCUAUCCUGGACCUGAUCCUUACUAAACCUAUUGGGAUACUUUCUCUCCUGGACGAGCAGAGUGCCUUUCCUCAGGCAUCAGACAGAGACUUUGUGGACAAGUUGAACAGUAAAUUUAAAAGCAGCCCCCACUAUGAGGUGGUCCGGAGUCACAGCCCCCUCUUCACUGUGGUUCACUAUGCUGGGAAGGUGAGGUUACAUACCUCCUUUAUAAUAGUACUUUAUAAUGCACUAUGAGGUGGUCCGGAGUCACAGCCCCCUCUUCACUGUGGUUCACUAUGCUGGGAAGGUGAGGUUACAUACCUCCUUUAUAAUAGUACUUUAUAAUGCACUAUGAGGUGGUCCGGAGUCACAGCCCCCUCUUCACUGUGGUUCACUAUGCUGGGAAGGUGAGGUUACAUACCUCCUUUAUAAUAGUACUUUAUAAUGCACUAUGAGGUGGUCCGGAGUCACAGCCCCCUCUUCACUGUGGUUC